AUGGAUAUUGAGUUCAAUGCUUUAAUAACGAAUGCCACAUGGGAACUAGUCCCUCCUUCACAUCACAAACCUAUCGGUUGUAAAUGGGUAUUUCGUAUCAAACGACGUCUAGAUGGGUCUAUUGAGAAAUAUAAGGCGCGUCUCGUCUCUAAACGCUUUCUCCCAGAAUAUGGGAAGGAUUACUUUGAGACAUUUAGUCCGGUUACCAAACCUGUCACAAUCCGUACGGUUCUUGCCAUUGCGUGUCUCAAAAUUGGCCACUUCGGCAACUCGAAGUUACCAACGCCUUCUUACAUGGCACUUUGCAUGAAGAUGUUUACAUGA